CAGAUCUGGCUUUGUGGGAGUGAUUGUCACUCGUUUAAUGAGCUUCUUUGCCAGGCGAGAGGCUUUGGCAACAUAUGUCUCCCCAGUGCCUCUCUCGCUCCGCACCAUUCUGCGCGCUAGUGGCGGGGCUUCUCUCCUGCGUUUACUGUGGUAGACGUUUCUUUGGAUUUCCUCAGCACUCUCUGUUUUUCACGCCUGUGGGAUUAGACUGAGCAGCAGAAGAAGGUCUUUUUUGAGGACGAGAGGACAAGAAUGCAGUAGAUUCCUGUAGUGCAACCCCAAACUGUGCUGGCGUGAGAUGCACUGACUCUUGGCAAACUGCAGCAUUCCCUGUCAUCGUCCGCUCACCUUCGAGGCUUUGGCCAGUCAUGCGGUGGCUACGGAAAAUCCUCCUCCUUUUGGGUGCUUGCCUUAAUAUGAGCAUCAGGUUUCAGAGUAAUGCCCUGGAUAUUCCACUUGAAGUGGAGCAGCUGCCCACAAUUACAGAGCACUCACCUGCCUCUCUGAUCGCCUUUCCUUUCGAAGAGAGCUUCCCUGUGAAGUGUGAGGCCACAGGAAACCCUUUACCAGAAUUCAGGUGGACAAAGAAUGGUCAAGACUUUGAUCCAUAUCAGGACCCCAGUUUGAUAACAUUAAAUUUUUCCGGAACAUUCAUCAUUCCAAAUAAUGGGAACGUCACAGAAUUCCAGGGCAAUUAUCGCUGCUUUGCAACCAACAAGUUAGGAACGGCAGUGUCGGAAGAGAUUGAAUUCAUUGUUCCGAAUAUUCCAAAGUUCCCUAAAGAGAUCAUCGAUCCGAUAGAGGUUAUGGAAGGUCAGUCAGUCAUUCUGGAGUGCAACCCACCCAAAGGAAUCCCCCCACUGCAGAUCUACUGGAUGACGAUGAGUCUACGGCACAUCGAGCAGGACGAAAGAGUAUCAAUGGGUCUCAACGGGAACCUGUACUUCUCAAAUGCCAUUGAGACCGACAGUCGCAGAGAUUACUGCUGCUUUGCCGCCUUCCCACGCAUUCGAACCAUCGUUCAGAAAAAUGCCAUGUCUGUUGUGGUCAAAAGCAACAAGUUAAUGAAGGACUCAGACUCUGGUAGCAGCAGAGGUUAUGCAAACUCUCUCUUGGAGAGGAAGCCCAGUCUACUGACGCCCACAGGAAAGGAGUCUCAUACAUAUCUGGUGAAAGGCAAAGAUCUUCAGUUGGAGUGUAUUGCAGAGGGCUUCCCCACGCCAAAGGUGGAGUGGGUAAAAAAAGGUUUCCACAAGCUUCCAGAAAGGGCCGUGGUGGAGAGUCAUGGGAAGUUGCUUACUAUUGAGAUGGUGAAUGAGGAGGAUGAAGGGACAUAUAUGUGCGAAGCCAAAAAUCCCCAUGGAGAGGUUGUGCAUUAUUUCCAUGUUUCAGUAGAGGAGCCUCCUGAGUUCGAGAUUGAACCUCAAAGCCAGUUGGUGACGAUUGGAGCUGAUGUGGUGAUCAAGUGUGUUGUGAAAGGAAAUCCUCAACCUAUUGUUGUAUGGACGGUCAACAGCCGACCGCUGAACGAGGUCCCAACAUCCAAUAGGAAGGUCUUAAAAGAUGGCACCAUUUCCAUCCACAACGCAAAGCCCGAAAACAGUGCUGUUUACCAGUGUGAGGCCACAAACAGACACGGAACCAUCCUAGUCAAUGCCAACAUCAUGAUUAGGAACAUCCAGCCCAUGAUCUUAACAGAAAACAAUCGGCAAUAUAUGUCAGUGGAUGGGAAAGGUGUGGUCAUGCACUGUAAGGUCUUCAGCUCACCAGUAUCCAGUAUUACAUGGAGUAAAACUGACAGUGCCAAUUCAGUGGAAGGAGAAAGGUUUUCUGUUUAUAAGAAUGGUUCGCUGGAGAUCCACAAGGUGAUGAAAGAGGACAUGGGGGAGUAUUCUUGUUUUGCUCAAAACACGGAGGGCAAAGUUGCCAUCGUGGCAACACUUGAAGUCAAAGAUCCCACCAGAAUAGUCGAUCCUCCACACGAUUUGCGGGUUUUGGCCGGAACUACUAUCCAGUUUUCAUGCCAGGCAGAGUUUGAUCCCUCCACUGGUGAUGACUUUGAGAUCCUCUGGGAAAAAGAUGGCAUGUUGCUCAAUGGCAGCGAGAACGCACGAUAUAUCCUAGACGAAGGAGUGCUUAAAAUCAUUAAUGUGAGCUUUGGAGACCAGGGCUUUUAUGUCUGUGUGGCCAGAACACCUGUCGACCAGGACAUGGCAGUUGCACAGCUUUCAGUUGUGGAUGUUCCUGAUCCUCCAGAGGAUGUGAUCCUUUCCGAACAUAAAGGCAGAAGCGUGAAACUACAAUGGAUUCCAGGAGAUGACCACAACAGCUCCAUUACUAAGUUUGUUAUACAGUUUGAGGAAAGCCAACAUGAGCCGGGCAUCUGGAGGGAGAUGAUGAGAGUGCCAGGAAACCACCACUUCGCUCUGCUGAACCUUCAUGGACACGUAGACUACCGAUUUAGAGUCUCCGCCACCAAUGAGGUGGGAAGAGGUCGGCCAAGCCAAGCCACUGAAAGAUACAAAACUCCAGCGUCAGCACCCGACAAAAACCCAGAAAAUAUCAAGAUCGAAGGUCAUUUGCCACAUGAAAUGGAUCUCAACUGGGAGCCACUGUCACCUAUUGAACACAACGGGCCUGGUCUGGAGUACAAAGUAAGCUACAGAAGACAUGGCUCUGGAGAGGACUGGACAGAGCACAUGGUGAAGAGGCACUCGUUCGUUGUUAAAAACACCCCAACGUUCGUCCUUUACGAGAUCAAAAUCCAGGCCAAGAACCACGCAGGAUGGGGUCCGGAUCCUGAAAUAAUAACAGCGUACUCCGGAGAGGAUUUCCCCUCAGCGGCUCCAGAGAAUGUAACCGUAAAAGGGAUGAACAACACCAUGGUGGAGGUCAGAUGGGACCAUGUUCACAAGGACAAACUCAAUGGACAUCUGGGGGGCUACAGGAUAAGCUUUUGGAGGCAUAGUCUGCUGGACUCAAAGAAAACACUCGGUGACAAACACACAUUGACAUUCUCAGGCGAGAGGAACCAUACGGUGGUCACAGGGCUUAAGCCGUUCUCUGAAUACAGCCUCUUUGUCAUGGCCUUUAACAGCAGAGGAAACGGACCUGGCAGUCAUCCGGUCAGCUUCAAAACACCUGAGGGAGUUCCUGGUCAAGUGUCUGCUCUCAGUGUUACAAACAUCCAGAAUCAUGAGGUCACUUUGACCUGGUCUCCUCCGGUUGAUGCAAACGGAGUCAUAAUUGGCUACAUCUUCCAGUAUCAGCUAAUAAAUGACACAGAGGAACCAGGUUCUCUGACUACCCUCAACAUCUCUGCUGACAGCAGUAAGCUGCGCCUCCAGGAUCUGGAAGCACUGAGCAAAUAUAAGUUUUACCUACGGUGCUGCACGCGGGUGGGGUGCGGACCAGCUGCCAGCGAGGAGCGCACCACAGUCACUGAAGCGAGUCUGGCCAGCAUUCAUGGAGGCAACUCCAACCAGGCCUGGUUCAUCGGGCUCAUGUGUGCCAUAGCUCUGCUCACCCUCAUAGUGCUCAUAGCAUGCUUUGUGAACCGAAACAAAGGCGGAAAGUACUCAGUGAAAGAGAAAGAGGACCUGCACCCCGACUUGGAGUCCCAGGGCAUAAAUGAUGAUACCUUCUGUGAAUACAGUGAUAAUGAUGAGAAACCACUGAAAAGCAGCCAGCAUUCGUUGAAUGGUGACUUGAAAGGAGGGGACAGUGGAGACAGCAUGGUGGACUACGGCGACGAGGAUGCUCACUUCAACGAGGACGGCUCUUUUAUCGGAGAAUACUCUGGACGCAAGGAGAGGGUCUCCAUGGAAAUCAAGGGAAACAAUCAGAGCACAGCAUAAUGGACCAAGGACAAUUUAUUUUGUUGGACAAGUUCUCACAAAAGGUCAGUGAAAAGGAAACAGACGGAAAAAAGCGCAACAUAAUGGCACCUGAAGGACAUUUUUGCAAUUAAUGUGUUAUUGUCAAACUCUCAGUCAUACUCAUUUUACAAAGCGUAGGUUUUUUUUGCGCACUGUAACUGAUCAAUCAUGUCAGUUGUGUAUACUUUUGUGGGGUGUUUUUGUAUUAAAUCUUUGAAAAUCAUUGGUGACCUUGGAGCUACCAGAAUUUUUUUUUUUUUUUUUUUUUUUUUUUUUUGUAAAUGCAAACUCUGUAAACCGUUUUUGCUUUCUUCGUGGCAUCAUGUAGCCAAGCAAGUUUUAUGUCAGGGUAUGAACUUUGUAUUUUUAUUUUUCGUUGGAAGCAAAUAUUAUUGACAUUUUAUAUUUCAGAUACUGUAUACUGUGCAUUCAUUAAAUGUGGGUUAUUAUGUGUACAAAGGAGUUGUUGGUUAAAUAAUCGUAAUUUCUGUCGAAUUCCAAAAAGCAUAAGGCAACAGAAGGGUUGACACAAUUAAUCACAUGCUUUGUUGAACAUUUUGCAUUGAACUGAUUAUUAAUAACGGUUCAUGGUGUAUUAACAAGCUGCAUAGCUAUAUUCAAUACCACAUAAACCCUACAGUGAAUCUGCUGCUCUUAACCCAUUAGGCAUAGAUCAGUAUAUCAUCAAACAGGCACACACUUAAUGUUCAUAUAUAAAUAAAAAAAUAAACGCCUCAUAUGCCUUAGAAUGACCUUGAUGUUCUGGUAAGUAUGACGUAAUGAAUCACAUUCUCAUGGAUUCCGUAAAACAGGGUUGGAAUUCAUUAAAUCUUAUGAAAUAGUUGUAUCCAUAAGUGGACAAUUCAGAAACAACACACUUUUCUUCCAGAAAAUGCAUUUUUAUUUGAUUUUGGAAUGGCUCCACGUAGAGUCAAACCCAGAUUCUGUACAAUGUUUCUGUAAAUUCUGUUUGCAUGUUGAAUGAGGUUUGUGUGCAGAUUUGACAUUAAAUUGUAUCAUUUUUCUUCA